AUGGAGAAAAAGAGAGGCUGGAUUAUAGUUUGUUGGGCAUUGUUGUUUCUUUCAACAUGUGAUGCUAUAUGGCUCACCUUGCCCGGUCCAUCAGGUACCAAAUGUGUUUCCGAAGAUAUUCAGAAUAACGUCGUCGUUUUGGCUGAUUAUCUUGUUCUUCAGGUUGAUCAACCAUACCAUCCCACUAUUUCCGUCAAGGUGACGUCGCCGUAUGGAAAUAAUCUUCAUCAUAAGGAGAACGUCACAGGUGGUAAUUUUGCAUUUACAUCCCAAGAGAGUGGGAGCUACCUUGCAUGUUUUUCGGUUGCACACAACCCUGGAGGUGGAGAUGUCCAGAUGAACAUUGAUUGGAAAGUUGGAGUUGCAGCCAAAGAUUGGGAUUCAGUUGCUAAGAAAGACAAGAUUGAGGGAGUAGAGCUUGAGUUGAGAAAGCUAGAAGGAUCAGUGGAAGCUAUCCAUGAGAAUUUGAUCUAUCUUAAGGGCAGAGAAGCAGAGAUGAGGAAUGUGAGUGAGAUAACAAAUUCAAGAGUGGUAUGGUUUAGUCUUAUGUCCUUGGGCAUCUGCAUUGUAGUUUCAGUGUUGCAGUUGUGGCAUUUGAAAAGAUACUUCCUGAAGAAGAAGCUUAUUUAG